AUGCAUGCUGAAGAGCCGGAGCUGGAAAUGUUUUCCAUGUUAAGUGAUACUGAGAAACAGUCUUUCCGAGUAAAUUUUACUGUGAAUCAGCAGGAUUUAUUGAUGGAGAUUGAUACAGGAGCGGCUGUAAGCAUCAUUUCACAACAAGAGUAUAGACGAUCGUUUGCCCAUUUGCCACUGGAGGGAGCUAGAGUCAAGUUAAAGACCUACACCGGUGAAUGCAUUCCAGUGUUGGGUCAAUUCACGGCUACUGUACAAUAUGAGGAUCAAGUGAAUGAGUUACCACUGAUCGUAGUCAAAGGGAAUGGUCCAAACCUGUGUGGGAGAAACUGGCUUCAGAAAGUAAAACUGAAUUGGAAGAUAAUUCGACAUGUGAGUAAGCAGCCUGGGUCCAUUCAAGAAGUGCUGGACAAAUAUAGUGAAGUCUUUAAGGAUGAGCUGGGCACUUUAAAGGACACUAAAGCCACUAUUUCAGUGAAACCAGAUGUGCCACCCAAGUUUUUUAAAAGUCGUCCUCUUCCUUUUGCUAUGAAAGAGCGUGUGGAGAAGGAAAUUGAUAGACUGGAAAAAGCUAAUGUUAUAUCCCCAGUAAAAUACAGCGAGUGGGCUGCUCCAGUUGUUCCUGUUAUAAAAAAAGAUUCCACAAUUCGCUUAUGCGGAGACUACAAAGUCACUGUUAAUCAAGCUGCCAACACUGAAGUGUAUCCCUUGCCACGGAUCGAGGAAGUGUUAGCCACUUUGAGUGGAGGGAAGUUGUUUUCCAAGAUUGACUUGGCACAAGCAUAUCAACAAGUCGUGCUGGAUAAUGAUUCUAAGAAGUAUACGACAAUCAACACUCACAAGGGAUUAUAUGUGUAUAAUCGUCUUGCUUUUGGCAUCAGUUCAGCCCCUUCCAUUUUUCAACGAAUAAUGGAAAAUUUGAUGAAAGAUCUGAAAGUAAUUGUGUAUUUGGACGAUUUGUUGAUCACAGGUAAAGAUGAGCAAGAACAUCUAACAAACAUUUGCAAAGUCUUACAGCGUCUUCAAGAAUCAGGCUUAAGAGUAAAGAAAUGUAAAUGGGAGUGGGGACAAACAAGGAUUGAGUACCUGGGUCAUGUGAUCGAUGAAAAAGGGGUGUAUCCGACAAAAGACAAGGUAAAAGCUAUUCAAGAUGCGCCAGCACCAUCAAAUGUGAAAGAACUACGAGCUUUUUUAGGUUUGGUAAAAUAUUAUGGACGCUUUGUACCACAGCAGAGCACAGUGUUGGCACCACUGUAUAGACUGUUGAAAGAACAAACUGCUUGGUGCUGGGGGAAAAAGGAACAAGGUGCUUUUAGUAGAUGUAAAGAAUUGCUCACCAGUGACAAAGUGCUAGUAUACUAUGAUCCACAACUGCCUUUGACUUUAGCAUGUGAUGCUUCCGCUUAUGGAAUUGGUGCGGUGCUUCAGCACAUCAUGCCAAAUGGUGACGAGCAUCCCAUUGCAUAUGCUUCACGUACUUUGUCCCCUGCUGAAAAGAAAUAUUCACAGAUUGAGAAGGAAGCUUUGAGUGUGAUCUAUGGAGUUAAAAAAUUCCAUCAGUAUCUUUGGGGAAGAUCUUUUAAUUUGAUAACUGAUCAUAGACCAUUAGUGACUCUGUUUGGUGAACAUAAGCAUUUCCCAAUGAUGGCAGCUGCUCGCAUUCAGCGGUGGGCGAUAAUUUUGUCGGCACAUGAUUAUCAUAUCAUGUAUCGCAAGGCAGAAGAUCAUGGAAAUGCAGAUGGCUUGUCACGAAUUCCAUUACCUGAAAUUACCGAUGUAGGAACAGAAGCCAUUUCAGCAAAUAUCAACACACUUUUGACAAACCAUCUUCAAGAAGCUCCUCUAAAUGCAGCACAGAUUGCCAGAAUGACAAGAACAGAUCAAGAACUUUCUAAAGUGUUUCGUUAUGUCAUGGAAGGUUGGCCAAUUGAAGUGUCAGAUGAUUUGAAAGUAUUCUACGCGAAAAGAGAUGAACUGUCAGUAGAACAGGGAUGUCUGCUAUGGGGCACACGAGUGAUUGUACCAUUCAAAUUUCGAAAAUCAGUGUUACAGGAAAUUCACUCAGGACACCCUGGCAUUGUUAAAAUGAAAGCUCUGACUUGUAAAUACGUGUGGUGGCCUAAAAUUGAUACGGAUAUAGAAAGAGUUUGCAAGGAGUGUCAAAUCUGUCAACAAGAACAAAGAAUGCCAAGUCACGUCCCUCUUCAUCCUUGGGAAUUCCCGGGUGAGUGUUGGAAAAGGUUGCAUGUGGAUUUUGCUGGUCCGUUCUUGAACAACAUGUUUAUGAUCAUUGUUGAUGCUCAUUCUAAAUGGUUGGAAGUUUUUCGUAUGUCACAGAUUACUUCUCAAGCUACUAUUACCAGAUUGAAGAGAUUGUUUUCUGCAUAUGGAUUACCUGAACAAAUCGUGACUGAUAAUGCAACUACUUUUACUUCUGAUGAAUUCCAAAGAUUUGUGAAGCAGAAUGGUAUUAUGCAUACCAGAAGUGCACCAAAACACCCAGCAACAAAUGGUUUGGCAGAAAGAUAUGUCCAGACGUUCAAGAGGGAGACACAUCCGCACCAGGCUGGACUUCCUGAAACCAAACAUUCAUGAGACGGUUCGCAGAAAACAGUAUUUGCAGAAAAAUCAACAUGACUAUCGGGCAAGAGAGAGAUCCUUUGCUGUGGA